CUCGGAUGUUACACCCUGUGGCUUCCCCUGAAACAAGCGAACUCAUUCAAGGCUUUUGGUUGCAGGUAUUGCGCCAAACAUUGAAAGAUGUUUUUGACCAGAUCGGAGUAUGACAGGGGUGUGAACACAUUCUCUCCUGAAGGAAGAUUGUUCCAGGUUGAAUAUGCCAUUGAGGCAAUCAAAUUGGGCUCCACUGCUAUUGGUAUCCAGACAUCAGAGGGGGUGUGUCUGGCUGUGGAGAAGAGGAUCACCUCUCCACUGAUGGAGCCCAACAGCAUUGAGAAAAUUGUGGAAAUUGACAGUCACAUCGGUUGCGCCAUGAGUGGCUUGAUAGCUGAUGCUAAGACUCUCAUUGACAAAGCAAGAGUGGAGACGCAGAACCACUGGUUCACGUACAACGAGACGAUGACAGUGGAGAGUGUGACUCAGGCGGUGUCUAACCUGGCGCUGCAGUUUGGGGAGGAGGAUGCAGACCCUGGCGCCAUGAGUCGACCCUUCGGUGUAGCGCUGCUGUUUGGAGGAGUUGAUGAGAAAGGGCCACAGCUCUACCACAUGGACCCAUCAGGGACAUUUGUGCAGUGUGACGCUCGGGCCAUCGGCUCUGCGUCCGAGGGAGCUCAGAGCUCUCUGCAGGAGGUCUACCACAAGUCGAUGACAUUAAAAGACGCCAUCAAGUCGUCUUUGACCAUCUUGAAGCAGGUGAUGGAGGAGAAGCUCAAUGCCACCAACAUCGAGCUGGCGACAGUAGAGCCGGGGAAGACCUUCCACAUGUAUUCCAAAGAGGAGCUGGAGGACGUCAUCAAGGACAUCUAGAGCAGGAGAGACUUGGUCUUGGUUUGAGUUCUGGCCAGAAGAUGUGGAGGUGUACCUAGUCCGAAUGUCACAACUUUCCAACAGCACAUUUUCUUUGCUGCAUUCAGGAUCGUUUGGAUUUCGUAGGAGGUUUCUGUUUGCAGUGUGCUAAUUCACUUCCUGUCUCUCGGUGUCUGUACGUCGCUGUACAGGAGUCUGACCAGAACUUAGAACUGAGUGACAAGAAGAAACAAAAUAGGGUUGGGGGUGGGGGGGUA